AUGGAUAUGUCAAAGCUAGAUAGAUAUACUAAAUUUGAGAAAUCUUUCCCUUUCUACAGAACAAGGAUUGAUGUCUUUGAAGGCAGAGUCAAGAGAUUCGUUAAUGCUAAAUCUACAGUAUCCAUUGCUUAGUUGAAAUAUUCAUUCAAGGAUGAUAAAAAGUGGGCAGAUUUGAAUGAUCCAAAUUCUUAACUGUUAGAUAUUCUGACUAGCUCUUACUUCAAAGAUCCCACAAAUGAUACUGAAAUCAAUCUAUAGUUUCUUUUACUGUGGGGCAUUUUACAGUGUGCUGGAGAUAAUCAUCUAAAAGCUAGAGUGUUUUAUGACGUUCUACAAGAUAGUCUUUAAGAGACUAUCUCAGCUAAUGAUAAAGACUUUCCUGAAAACUUUGAUAAACUUAUCCUUCUAGCAACAGCAAUGAUCUAUGAAUUCGAUCACGAACAGAACAAUGGUCCAAAGAAAGAUAUUGAAGCAAUCAAUGAGGACUUACUAGAAAACAUCAGAGAAGAAUUCUUAGACAAUGUAUAUGAAGCAAGAGCUAAACUAGGAAGAAAAGAAUACAUGGAAAUACUCGCAACUAAGUAAUCAUGGAUAUUUGAUCCCUCAAAGAUUAGAGCUAAAAUAGAUCAGGCUAUCAAAAAGGAUUGA